CUCCAUCUCUCUAAUCUGAGUAUAUACCUAUUUGCAGUGGCCAUUCGUAUUGUCUUCGACUAUCGCAAGUACACUCAUUUCUUUGAUAAUCGAACUAUGUAGACAUACACAUAUAUGUAUUAUAGGCCACAAAUACUGAGUUGCCAUGAAAUUUGAAUAUUGAGGCGGAAAUUUGAGGUUUGUAUUGGGCAAAAUCAGGUUUUGAUUGUUUUUUCAAGGAAUUGGUUGGAUUAGCUUAUUUGAAGCAUAGCUUGUUGAUUUGGAGUUAAAGUUGGAAUCAAUGAUAGGUUUAAGUAGCAAUAAUCCAAAUUCCUUCUUGUUUUCCUCAAAUGGACAAAAUCAGAGGACAGCCAGAGUAGAUCCUGUGGUAGGGUUUGGGUUUUCUAAUUGUGGAUUUUCUUCAGUGCAGAAGGGUACAGGGUUUAUUGUCUUCAUGCCGAAGGUAACUUGCAUCUCGCACGUCAAGUGCUCCCACAACAAUCAAAGUAGACAAUCACUAACUAAUACCAAUGCUGUCAAGGGGAGUGCAGGAAAAAUGAUUAAGAAGGCAGGAAAGAGAGAACAUCACUUGUGGAAUAAAAGAGAGUCAGCUGGGUCUGGGCAAAAGGCACUUGAUCUUGUUCGAAUUGUUUCUGGGCUUCCAAACGAGAAGGAGGCUGUUUAUGGAGCAUUGGAUAAAUGGACGGCUUGGGAAACAGAGUUUCCGUUGAUUGCGGCCGCUAAGGCUUUAAGAAUCUUAAGGAACAGGAAUCAAUGGAUACGAGUAAUUCAAGUGGCCAAGUGGAUGUUGAGCAAAGGUCAAGGAGCGACAAUGGGAACCUAUGACACCCUGCUACUGGCUUUUGAUGAGGAUCGAAGGGUAGAUGAGGCAGAAUCACUAUGGAACAUGAUUUUGCAUACCCAUACACGCUCUAUCUCGAAGCGAUUGUUUUCUAGGAUGAUCUCCUUGUAUGAUCAUCAUAAUAUGCCUGAUAAGAUAAUAGAGGUUUUUGCGGACAUGGAAGAGUUGAGUGUGAAACCAGAUGAAGAUACUGUCAGGAGAGUUGCCCAUGCCUUCCAAAAUAUAGGUCAAGAAGAUAAGCAGAAGUUGUUUCUUAAGAAGUACCAGAGCAAAUGGAAAUACAUUCACUUUAAGGGUGAACGAGUUAGGGUAAGAACAGAUGCAUGGAGUAAAUAAUGUUGUUUGGACUUCACCGAACGAAAUUGGCAACAAUUUAAACUUCGAUAGUCAAAGCACAAAAUCUGCUCCUUAUGACUGUGUUUCGACAUUAGGCCUUGUUAAUUGGGGUAGAGCCGUAGAAUAUAGAGAAACUUUGUAGCUGUUGUAAUGGAGAUUUAAUCAACUCAAACAUCCUUUGCCGGGAAAGAAAUGAACUUGCUGUUCCUGUAUAUGCUUUAUAGCUCUUACCACAUUUCUGACUGCAAACUCAAGAGCGUCCACUAAAUUGGAUUCCGAGGGUAACUUGAAUUCUUUCAUUUUGGUGGAUCAAGACUUGAGCACGAAUUAAAUGUUAGUGGCGGGAUGCUACAUCAUGCUCUGUGAGGCUACAUCCUCUGCUGGGAAGCUACAUUUUGUUGUGUGAAAGUGGGCUUUCGACAUGUGCUAUUACAGGGGUUUUGAAACGUAUCUAUAUGUAGGGGCCUCCAUAGAUCCAUUCUGUAGUGUUGAAAUUGGUCUUGUACAGUUCCAUUCAAAGGCUGAUCAAUCAAUUGAUAUCAUACAUACAAACACUUCAUUGAAUGAUACUAUGAGCUUUCGUUUAA